GGGUUGGCACAGGGAUUUGUUACUCGGGUACUGACAAGAGUCAACAUGGCAGCGCUAAACCCACGAAGUGUCCUGGUGACCGGCUCCAACCGCGGCAUCGGCUUUGGGUUUGUCAGGCAUCUGGCUGGGAAAAGCAACCGACCAGAAUGGAUCUUUGCUACCUGCCGGGAUCCAGAGGGACCACGUGCCCAGGACUUGAAGGAUUUAGCUGCUAAGCAUCCAGAAAUCGUGAUCGUCCCACUGGACAUUAGUGAUCCUUCCAGCAUCAAGACUGCUGAAGCCAUAGUCACUGAGCAGCUGAAAGGAGUCGGGCUGAAUCUGCUCUUUAAUAAUGCUGGGAUGUCAAAGCCAAACACCCUGGAAUCAGUGACACCGGAGGAAAUGGCUGAAGUGUACCAAACCAAUGUGACGGGGCCCAUGAUGGUGAGCCAGGCGUUCCUGCCCUUGCUGAGGAAGGCAUCUCAGGAAAGCCCCCAGAAAGGGAUGAGCUGCAGCAAAGCCGCCAUUGUCAACAUCUCCAGUCAUGUUGGCUCCAUCACAGAUAUCAUUGGGUGGCAUUUCGUACCAGCCGUCGCUUACCGUUGCAGCAAGGCUGCUCUGAACAUGCUCACCCGCUGCCAGUCCCUGGGAUUUGCAGAAGAUGAGAUCCUGUGUGUUGCUGUGCACCCUGGUUGGGUGCAGACAGACAUGGGGAAUCGGCUGGGGCAGGCCGCAAUGACGGUGGACAGUAGUGUGCAAGACAUCUUGAGCACUCUUUCCCAUCUCUCCGAGAAAGACAAUGGCAGUUUUGUGAACUGGGAAGGGAAAACUCUUGCCUUUUGAGGCAUCCGAAUGCCUACUCACUCUGCACUGCAGGAGGAACCCCUCACCAUUGGGCGAUGUGGAUGCCUGCCUAGCCAUGCCGGUCUCUAUAAUAAACACAGCAAGUUGUGUUAAAAUGUCAUCACUUUCUUUUCCUUCCAACUACCGUAUGUGAUUCUGCCUCUGACAGAAUCCCAUCCUUUUCUGCACUGUGUGUCGCUCUGCAAUUCUCUCUUUCAAGCUUCAGGGUAUAGAUUAGACCCCACUUGCCCACAGACACUGAGCGCUGAGCUCCUCUCAUGCCCUACUGGAGUUUUAAAAGUAUGGAGGACAGAAGUGGAGUUCUGAAGUGUCUUCUGGGAGACUGCAGCCAAGUGGCCGUGGAGACUGCCUACAACAACCAGCUGGGAAACCAGCAGAGACUCCUUGAGGCAUGAAGACGGUCUAAACAUCUGCCCUCCACAAUGGGGGUGAGAAAGAUGGGGGCAAUCAGAGAACAGCCUGUGUCAGUAAAUGAGCCGCACCUGGAGCAUUUUCAGACAGCAGGCUUUACCAUGGGUUGACUGCAAGACUUUUCUGCGAGUUCAAAGUUGACUGAAAAAACCGAUUCAAAAAGUGGGGUUUUUUUUUUUUAACCCUGGAUAUAAAUCGGGCUACACUCUAACACACAAUAAAAACCCAACUCAUGUGUGAAGUGCUCCCCAAUUGCUCGUGGGGGACUUCAGGGUAAAUCUGGCCAAUAUGUGAAUGCACACCUUCCAUUCCGGAGGAGAUAUGAACUAAAAGCAUGGUGUAAAAAAGCUCCUGGGUGCCAAUGGGUGGAUGAGCCAGUUGAUGGGGCCUCCUCCCAGUGCAGAAGCCUUGUCCCCUAUAAGAGGGGAAGGUCAGGGGACAAGAGAGGGAAGAUCCAAGGGCAGAGAGAGGAUUGUUUCUUUGUCAUCAUCCAAGCUCAGUUGCUACGAGGACAUCAGGGGUUUAGAUUGCAUGCACAGCAACGAUGGAACAGCCAUGGGAAUUGUAGUGAUGGGAAGGAUUUGAGGGAUGACUGGGCCUCACUUAGAGCAACCACUGUAAGGGUGGACCUUUCCCUAUAAGGGGGAAAGCCCAGGAGAAUCAAAACAGAAAGACCGAUCCAGAGGACUGGGUGGGAUCUACACUCACAGUCAGCUACAGAAGAGAAAUCCUUUUCUUGAGUUUGUUCUGUCCCUGGAGUGCUAUGAGGAAGCAGCUGGCUGAGAAGCUGCUGGGGAAAUGGGAACCUGGAGACAGCAGGAAGCUCCCUGCCUGUGAGUAAAAAGUUUUGUUAGGGACCAGUUCAGUUAAAUGUGUGAGGGAAAUUAUUUUCCUUUAUUGUAUUGCUUGAAUUGGAGUUGCCUGGUUAAUGAAAACUUCUCUCUAUUACAAUAUACUUUAUGAAGAGACUAUUGUUCUUAUUGCAUAGUCUUGUUUUUCUUUUUAUUUAAUUAUAAACUCUUGUUGGUGAAAUAUGCUA